AGCAUUGAUCUGCCAGCAUAACAAACGCGAUUUUGACAGUUUGAGAAAAAUCAGUGCGAAAAAUAUCCAAUCGCGGAAAAUGCGGCUUAUGUUUUUCCCAAAUUUUGCGUUGUAAUUCGGUGAAAUUCCAGUAAAUAAUGAGUGAAAACGUCACGGUAAAGGAGGAAAAAUCCUCGCCCCUGCCAGCGGAACUUUUCCCGUUGAACAUCAAAAUUAAGCAGGAAAAGACGACCGAUUCCAGCAAGUCGGAAACGGUGGACAAGCUGUCGAUCGACCUGAAUUUGACCAACAUCUUUUCGGCUACGACGACGACUACCACGAGCAAUGCUGGAGCAACGGUAGCAACAACGACUACGGAUGAUACGCAGAAGGAGACAAAGUCGGUGGAACCGCUGAAAUCUUCGAACGAAAUUCUGACGGAACUGUUUAAGGUGUUUAACGCCGCGCCGCCGGAAAUCAUCGAGGACGAUUCCAACGACGGGGAGGAGGUUGCCGGGAAGAAGAAGAAACACAAAAAGCACAAGAAAAAGUCUAAGAAGAAGAAAAAGAAUGAAAACGGUGGAAGUGGAUCGUCGUCGGACUCGGAACCGGAAGAGGGCGAGAUUAAGCGGAAGGCGAAAAAGAUAAAGAAGGAAAAGGACAAAGAUAAGGAGCGGGACAAGUCGAAGCGGAAGAAGAGCAAGGAGAAGGAUAAGGUUAAGAAAGAGAAGGUGGAUGACGGGGGGAAGAAGGACGAGCGGGUGUCGGUCAAGACGGAAAUCACUUCCGUGGUGGUGAAGAAGGAACCGCGAGACGAUCGGUACGGUACGCGGGAAACGCGCGAGCGGGAUGAUCGGUACUCGUCGAGGGAUGCGAGGGACUUGAGGGAUGGUCGAGAUUUUAGAGAUUCUAGGGAUGUUCGAGACGUUAGGGAUAUCCGAGAUUCUAGAGAUAUUCGAGAUGCAAAGGACGGCUAUCAUCACAGUCACCACCACCAUCAUCAUCACGGAUCAACCUCCCGUGACGAUCACCACCCACGCAUCAAACAGGAGAAAGAUGAUCGUUCCUAUCGAGAUUCGGCUCGCGACAGGGAGAAGGAUCGCGAGCGAGAGCGAGACCGUGAACAGCGCGACCGCGAAAAAGAAGACCCGAAAUCCAAACCCCGCAUUCAAAUUAAAAGCUUAAAGGACAGUACAAUCUUCAAGGAGGCGGCUGCCGCGGCCUCCAGCUCCGGCAGUAGAGAGAGGCAACGCAGCAGGGAUCGGGAUCGUGACCGGACGACCUCGGAGGGCCGGUCCAAGUCGCGGGAGAUGCACCGCAGGCGGCGCUCAGACUCGGACUUUAGCAUGUCGGACGAAGAGACUUACGAGGAGGGCAAAGGAAGGUACUACGACUUUUACCAGAAAAAGUACAACUCGUUCUAUGCAAGCUAUCGGGACGAGGAGCGAUCGCGGAAGCGGAAGAGGAGCGAAGAUCGGGCCGGCGACAGAUAUCGCAAGUCGAGGUCAAAGUCGCGAUCGCGAUCGCCGCAGUUUGACAAACAAAAGCUGUUGGAGAUUGCGCGCAAGAAUGCGAUUACGAUGCUAAAGAAGGGAACGCUGCCGGGAGUGCAAGGGUUGGACAAGGAAUCGAAGGAAAAGCUGAUCAUGAAGAUGAAGAGCAGUGGAAAAACGAUCGAUGAGUUGACGAACUUCUGCAAGAAGAUUUCCGAGAAGGAAAACUUGAACGAACUUUCGAGCGUUUCGUCGGAGGACAGUGACCACGAUGCAGACGGCGGCUCGAAAGCGUUUCACCAUCCGUUUCAGCUCAAGGAUCACGGUCCGAUUGUGAUGAACAUCAAGAACUCGGUUCCGCUGCAGCCGAAAAGUGCCGAGCAGACGAAGGCGUUGCUGCUUCAAUAUCCCGUCUCAUCCGGGGCGCAGCACAGGAAAAUGGAGAACGAAUGGGUUCCGGUAGAACCGCCAACCCAGGCAGGACCCCUCGUUCCACUCUCGCGUCCGGAAAAGGCCACCCCGAAGAUUCCCAUUACGGCAAGCUUCGUUCCGCAAGCAGAAAAACAACAACCGGCGUACACUCCCGUUAAUCCCCCGCCGGGAAUUUCACCGGCCCUCUGCCAACCUGGCCCAUCAUCGGCACCAAUCCCGCCUUCAAUCGACAUCCCGAACGCCCUGCCAGCUCCACCACCAUCCUCAAAUCCCAUCGCCGACGCCGCCCUUCUCCCGGAAGUGUUCCCCAGCAACCCCGAGGGCAACAAGCUGGACGUCUCGACUAUCAUCUCCAACCGCCUCAACGCGAUGCGCAAACUCCAGGACAACCCCGCCGACGCCGAAGCCAUCAAGCUGCUGUACAACACCCAAAAGGACAUGUCCGCGUGGGCCUCCUCCAAGUUCACGCCUGGCCAGUUCCUCGGUUCGACCGGCGCCCAAGUCCUAACGCCACGUGAACUUGCCGAAGGCUACCAACCCUGGGUCACAAAGGACUCCAUGAAGCAAACCGCGCCCGUCACCGGCGGCAUGGGAAUGCACCUGCUCCAGAAGAUGGGUUGGGUCCCUGGCGAGGGUCUCGGCAAAGAAAAGAACGGCUCCCUCGAACCGCUCCUCCUCGAUGUCAAGCUGGACAAGCGCGGUCUCGUCGCCAGCGCCGAAGAACAUCAGCGCCAAAUCCAGAUCCAAGUCCAGCAGCAGCACAACGGCCGUGGCCGCCCCCGCUUCACCAACGUCAAAAUCAACGUCGACGGCAAACACCCCGUUUCGAUCCUGGGCGAGUACGCCAGCAAGCGGAAGUGGAACCCGCCGCGGUACGAUCUGGUGCACGAGAGUGGCCCCGGCCACGCCAAGAACUUUGUCUUCAAGGUGAUUGUGAACGGGCUGGAGUACCAGCCGGCCAUCUCGAACAACACCAAGAAGGACGCCAAAGCGACGGCGGCCCGGUUCUGUCUGCAGCAGCUGGGAAUUCUGCAGUCGUAAGGGGAGAGAGGUAAAAAGGUAAGUGUGCAACCCCUUUUUGCUUUUAGUCAUUUAAAAUGCAUCUCGGAUUGAGGAGGUGUGUGGCCGCAACACACUCAAUCACUCUAUUAUAUUUCAUAUAAAGGAUUUAUGAAAACAAGAUAAGUUUCUAAUAAACCCUAACUUAACUGUCUGAA